AUGGUCUUUAAAGAGGAUGAAGAAGAGGCUGAGGAAGAGAAUGAUGAAGGUGUUUUUGGUGGUGGUAACAAAGAUAUCAAAAAGCUUGCUCAACAGGUUAAUAUUGAAGAAAUCGAGAAAGUUUUAUCUAAUGAUCGUCGGUUUAGAAUACUAGAAGGCUAUCCUAAGAGGAGGAAUAUAAUAAUUGAACAUUUACAGACUAUAGAUAAUAAUAUGAAAUUGAAAGCCUUACAAGGGGAAUUAAAUGAGAAAACUAACAUUUUCAAUGAAUUACCAAUUUCUAAUCAAUCAAAGAAAGGAUUGAAAGCCAAUGGUUUCGUUAAAAUGACUGAAAUACAGUCUGCUACUACGCAUUUAGCACUCAAGGGUAAAGACCUCGUCGGUUCUGCUAGAACUGGCUCUGGUAAGACUCUCAGUUAUCUUGUACCAAUGCUAGAGUCCUUAUACAAGGAUAAGUGGUCGAAUACGGAUGGAUUAGGUGCAUUGGUUGUGGCACCAACGAGAGAGUUAGCACUUCAGAUAUUUAAAGUCUUACAUUCUAUUGGUAAUCACCACUCAUUCUCAGCGGGAUUGCUCAUCGGUGGUAAAAAUGUACAACAAGAGAAGACGAGGUUGAAUAGAAUGAAUAUUUUAAUAGCCACACCUGGUAGAUUACUACAACAUAUGGAUGAAACUUAUGGUUUCAACGCCGAUAAUCUUAAACUACUUAUUCUCGAUGAAGCUGAUAGAAUAUUAGAUUUGGGUUUCCAGAAAACCAUCCAAGCGAUACUCGAACAGUUGCCACCAACACACACUAGACAGAACUUAUUAUUCUCAGCUACGAUAUCACCAUCUGUGGCGUCAUUAGCGAAGCUUAGUUUGAACAACCCUUCGUAUGUUCAAAUUGGAGGUGAUAAUGGUGAGGAUCCAACACCAAAGAAUCUCGCACAGUUCUAUUCAGUCAUACCCUUAGAUAGGAAAUUGGACGUCCUAUUUGGUUUCAUAAAGACGCAUUUGAAGAAUAAGGUACUUGUUUUCGCCAGCUCUUGCAAGCAGGUUAGACACAUCUACGAGACAUUCAGUCACCUUCGACCGGGAACUAGUUUAAUGCACCUUCAUGGAAAACUCAAGCAAACCAAGCGUAAUGCAACAUUGACAAAAUUUAGUCAAGCAUCACAUGCAGUUUUGUUCGCUACAGAUAUCGCUGCUCGAGGUCUUGAUAUUCCUGCGGUUGAUUGGGUAGUUCAAUUAGAUAUACCCGAAGAUGCAGACACAUACAUUCAUAGAGUUGGUAGAACGGCGAGGUAUAACAGCAAAGGAAGCUCACUCAUGCUUGUUGAGCCAUCCGAACGCGAAGGAAUACUCAACAACUUGAAAAUAAAACACAUUGAACCGAAGUUGUUAAAGAUUAAGGAGAAAUUGAUGCAGCCAAUCUCAAAUGCACUUCAAGCACAUGCUUUCCAAGAUACAGAGAUUAAAUAUCUCGCUCAGAAGGCUUUCGUUAGUUACAUCCGUUCGGUAUAUCUUCAAAAAGAUAAAGAAACAUUCAACGUUGCUAAAUUACCUGUUGAAAAGUAUGCAUCAAGUUUGGGUUUGCCUGGUGUACCGAAAGUUAAAUUCAUGGCUGCAGAGAAAGCAAAAGCAAGGAAGAAUGAAAAGAACGCCAAGAAAGAGGAAUCAAGUGAAGCUGAAGAUGGAUCCGAUUCGGAAGAUAAUUCAUCUGAUCCUGAGACAUCAAAUGUGAGCGUUAGAACUAAAUAUGAUAGACUCUUCGAACGUAAAAAUCAAGGACAGUUGUCCGAGCAUUACAACGCUCUCAUUGAUAGAAAUGAUGGUUCAGAUGAGGAUGACUUUAUCACCUUAAAGAGACGUGAUCAUGAUCUUGAAGGUGAUGGAAGCGAUCUUGAGGACGCAGCUGGUAACCUCUCAAAACGCAAACUCAAGGCGGGUCAAUCAAAGAAAGCGGUAGCUGGUAAAAGUGAACCUGGACAUAAACUUCGCUUUGACGAUGACGGUCAAGCUCACGAAAUCUAUGAGUUACAAAAGGGCGAGGAUGUUGACGUUGAAGAGGAGAAGAAGAAGUUUAUCGAGGAACAGAAUGAAAAACUCAAGCAAGCUGAUAUUGAGAAUAAGAGACAAGCAAAGGAGAAGCGUGAUGAGAAGAAACGUAAGAGAAGAGAAAGAGAAAGAGAUGAUUAUGAUGAUGAGGACGAUGAAGGAGCAGGAGAAGCUGUCAUCGGAGGUGAUGACCUUGAUGAUGGCUAUGUAUCACCUGAAUUUGAUUUACCACCAAGCGGAAGCGAGGACGAGAGCGAAAGUGAAAGUGAAAGUGAGGAACCAUCUCAUAAGAAAGUAAAGAGGAAUUUACAACAAGAGGAAGACUAUGCUUUAUCAUUAUUAAGAGGUUAG